ACCUGUCCCGGCCCGGCCCCCUCCCGCGCCCCAGGUGGUUCAGGGCGGGGAGGAGCCGCGCCCCGCCCCGCGCGGUCGCAGCCAACGCCGGCCCCAGGCGGGUGCGCUGGGAGCCUGGGCCGGGAGCCGGGUGAGGGCGCCGAGAGGCUCGGUGGGCGCGGGCGGCGAGCCUUCUUGUACCAUGAGGCAGAAGGCCCUGCUGAGGAUGGUGGACCAGUAAGAUAACAGUAACCUGGGUUCCUCCUGAGUUUGUGAAGCCCACUUCAAGAUAUGCCACACUUCUGCCUGCUGUUGGCAACCCUCCUGGACUAGGCUGCUCUUGUUAAUCACAUGGAUGUUAUGUGAAAGGCAUUGUACAGAAGAAGAUGAGAAUCACAGUAAACCAAACAAAGGAAAUGCAGAAGAGACAUUUUCAGCUGAAUAUUGGAAAGUAAGAUUCCCUGCGAGCAGGAACUCAGGCAACGUCAAUGAACAACAUGACGCCUGACACAUCAUAUAAGAGUUCGGACUGCCCAGCACACGAGGUCAGCAUGCUGCUCCUCUGUCACGCUCUCGCUAUAGCUGUUGUCCAGAUCGUUAUCUUCUCAGAAAGCUGGGCAUUUGCCAAGAACAUCAACUUCUAUAAUGUGAGGCCUCCUCUUGACCCUACACCAUUUCCAAAUAGCUUCAAGUGCUUUACUUGUGAAAACGCAGGGGAUAAUUAUAACUGCAAUCGAUGGGCAGAAGACAAAUGGUGUCCACAAAAUACACAGUACUGUUUGACAGUUCAUCACUUCACCAGCCACGGAAGAAGCACAUCCAUCACCAAAAAGUGUGCCUCCAGAAGUGAAUGUCAUUUUGUCGGUUGCCACCACAGCCGAGAUUCUGAACAUACGGAGUGUAGGUCUUGCUGUGAAGGAAUGAUCUGCAAUGUAGAAUUACCCACCAAUCACACUAAUGCAGUGUUUGCCGUAAUGCACGCUCAGAGAACAUCUGGCAGCAGUGCCCCCACACUCUACCUACCAGUGCUUGCCUGGGUCUUUGUGCUUCCAUUGCUGUGAUGCCACCACUCCUAGGAGAGGCAGAGACCAGCCUCUAAAGCACAAGCCAAAAACUGUGUGAACGGUGAACUUUGGAGUGAAGAUCAAUCUUGCACUUGGUGAAGAGUGCACAUUGGACCUCAAGGAGAAAGCCAGUGGUUUGCUUGGAUAAAAUGUUCCCACAUGAGGCCACGGGAGUGAGGAUGGGAUUUUGGCAGGGCCUGAGAAGAUGGUCUGACUUCCAGGCUUCCUGGUCAAAGAGAGCUACGUUUGGGCAGUUCUGCAGAGAGGAUCCUGGCAACUAGUCCCACCUGACUAGGCCUUUAGCUGAAAGGAUUUCUUGACCUCCUUGACUGCCUCAGAGGCUGCCAGGUCAAACCCUCUUGUUUAUGUGAUUAGCUCAGAGCGUCUCUAUGAAAUGUAACCCUUCCCCUCAUGAGAAAGCAGUUUUCCCCACCAACAGCAUAGUCAAUGAGAAAGGCAACUGUACGAAGAAAACUUCCAGUUGAACUAAUAUGAAAUCUAUUUGCAAAUUAUGGGGGGAAAUAAAGCUUUUAAAUUAUACAAUGUAAAUGCAUGCUUGUGUGUUUCUUGACUGAUGUGGAGACCUCUGGUGAAACAGUUACCAGGGUCAUA